CUCGAUUACUCUUGUCUGGCGGCGGCAGCAUGGCGGCGGGGGCGGCUGAGGCGGCGGCGGCCGUGGUGGAGGUCGGCUCCGACCGGCAGUUUGAGGAGUUGCUGCUCCUCAGAGCCAAGUCCCUCCUCGUGGUCCAUUUCUGGGCACCAUGGGCUCCACAGUGUGCGCAGAUGAAUGAUGUAAUGGCAGAGUUAGCUAAAGAACACCCUCAAGUCUCAUUUGUGAAGUUGGAAGCUGAAGCUGUUCCUGAAGUAUCUGAAAAAUAUGAAAUUAGUUCUGUUCCCACUUUUCUGUUUUUCAAGAAUUCCCAGAAAAUCGACCGAUUAGAUGGUGCACAUGCCCCAGAGUUGACCAAAAAAGUUCAGCGACAUGUGUCUAGCGGCUCCUUCCCACCUAGGGCUAAUGAGCAUCUUAAAGAAGAUCUCAGCCUUCGCCUGAAGAGAUUAACUCAUGCUGCCCCUUGCAUGUUGUUUAUGAAAGGAACUCCGCAAGAGCCACGCUGUGGUUUCAGCAAGCAGAUGGUGGAAAUUCUUCAAAAACAUAAUAUUCAGUUUAGUAGCUUUGAUAUCUUCUCAGAUGAAGAAGUUCGGCAGGGACUCAAAACCUAUUCCAAUUGGCCUACCUAUCCUCAGCUCUAUGUUUCUGGAGAGCUUAUAGGAGGACUUGACAUAAUUAAGGAACUAGAAGCAUCUGAAGAACUAGAUACAAUUUGCCCUAAAGCUCCCAAUUUAGAGGAAAGGCUGAAAGUGCUGACAAAUAAAGCUUCUGUGAUGCUCUUUAUGAAAGGAAACAAACAGGAAGCAAAAUGUGGAUUCAGCAAACAAAUUCUGGAAAUUCUAAAUAGUACUGGUGUUGAAUAUGAAACAUUUGAUAUAUUGGAGGAUGAAGAAGUUCGGCAAGGAUUAAAAGCUUACUCAAAUUGGCCAACAUACCCUCAGCUGUAUGUAAAAGGGGAGCUUGUUGGAGGAUUGGAUAUUGUUAAGAUUCUUCCAGCCGGAAAUGUUUGCCUGGCCUGCAAAGCCUGACAUUUUCGUAUUAUUUUAUUUUUACAUUAUACUUACUGUUUUCUCGUGUCAUUUGCAUCUGCCUUACAUGGACUUAGGGUGUGGGGUGAAGAGGAAGAGCACCUGGCCAUGGCAGGAGGCACGAGAUCCAGUGCCCGUGCGGCCCUGCCUGCUGUCCAGAGUCACUGACCUUGGUCUCCCAAAAGAAAAAUGCGAGUCCCUCUUUGGUUUUCAGGUGCUAGGAAAUCUGUUAACUAUUACAUUGUAAGCAUAUUUAGAAAAGACUUCAUUUCGUAUACACCUUUGAGUCUUUCCUGAUGCUCUGUGCAUCCUAGGAGCUCAAUAAGUGAUUGUUGGAUGGAUGAAAGACUUUAAUUUACUUCUUUGGCUUGCUUUAAGUAAACUCUGAGUUUUACAUGGACAUGACUUUUCUUGUGUUUAUUUUCUUACAUUUAAUUUAACUUAGGGUAGCUCCAAAUACUAGCACCUGUGUGCUUCAUUGCUCUGUUGGUUAGCCCAAAACAAUAAGUGGAAACUGUAGCUUUAUACCCCCAAACUCUCUGCCCUACCCCAGGCCCACCCUGGACAUUGUGCUGCAGAGGGAGGAGGGUGGCAAUGGAGUGGGCAUAGCAGAGGACUGAGCAGGGCUCCACUUGAGAGGUGUGAACCAAACUGUCACCAAAUGUGGGCUAGGGGAGGCUGCUCCAUGGCCCAUGGCCGUGAGAGUGCCUCAGGCCUUCUUCUUGUCCAGUUGGUCAGAGAGUUUCUCUGAGGUCAGAUCUCUGGCUUUUUAAGUGGAAAGCAAGUGGUAAGUAGUACUACUUUUAGUUAUGUUGUAAAAUAAAAAGUUUUUGACAUAGGCUUUUGUAAAGUGAAGGAACCUCUAGCCGAAUACUGAAGUGGCAUCAAUACUUUGGACCAAUUUGUUUUAUAAAAACGGGGCUUGAGCUCCUUUGACUGCAGAGGCUGUUUUUAUCCUUUGGUUGCAUCUGUGCAAGUUUUGUUUCCUGCCGAGUUCCAAGUUUGAUGUCAUAUUUCUUAAACAAGUCAGUGAGGCAUUUUUCCUAGUAAACUGUCUCGUUCCUGGAGGAAAAAAAUGUUGAACACUGUAGCUUUUGAAUAGCCCUGAAGCAACAAAAAUAGAUCUGCAUUUGUUACUUUUUAUGUGUGUGUGUAAACAUAUUUUUAUAAGACACAAACAGUCUUCAAACUCCAAGUAGUCUUCAGCCUACUCUUGUCUCAGUGUUUGAAAGCCUGUACCUUAGCCAUUGAUAACUCUUGGGAAGAUAAAAUCAAUAAAUCUCAUUUAAUUCUAAA